GGAAUCACGGUAGAAAUAAACCUGGCCUACUCUCUCAGUCAAAGUAAAGCUCCAUUAAUGGAAACUAGAUACGGACUUGAGCUGGUUCUUAGGUUGCUGCUUCAGUUGUUGAUCGGAUUGUUUCUCUGCUACGCCCCCACAGCUCAACAAUAUAUAAGCAAUUCAUUAUUGUUUCGUCUUUUCCUUGUCAUUGUCUCUCUAACUUCAGCUUACACCGAGUUAUAUAGACUGAUUAACCAUUUAUUUGUACAAAGGUUAGACAUUGAUAUCUUGCAAUCUUCAAUCGUCCUUUUCAAUAGACGAAACUCGAUAAAUUGUGAUCACGAUCAAUAGAUGAUGCAUUCGGAUAGAGAGUUGAAGUCAGAGGCUCAAGAUACUGUGUCCCUGUUUUGGCCUAAUGACAUUCAUCUAGAGGAUGAUGAAGAGAAAUAUGUCAUUCUUGGGUACAUAAUUAACCGUUUCAAGAUGGUCAUAGUUGACGUGAUAAAAAGAGAUGAAUUUAAAGAGCUUAAUGGCAAAGUAGAAAGAACUAUUUUGAAGAAACUUGAAAUCAUUGGAACCAUCAACUUCAGAUCAAAAAAACUGAACAGUAAAAUGAUGUACUAUGAUUUCGUGCAUGAUAAACUCUUAGUGUCUUCUAAUGAAGUCUUAAUAUAUUUCAAGCCUCCAAAGUCGUGGAAAUUAGAAUAUUACUCUUUGGACCCUAUUACAAUCAAUAUAUUUUGGAACAAUAACGAUCAGGCCAGAAGCAUGGUUUUUGAAAAGUUCACAACUGAUGAAUACAAUAAAAAGAUGAAUUAUCAUUGGACGGAUAAGGGUAAAGAAAAUGGAAACAAGAAUGAAAUGAGAGAGGUGCUACGUAUGAUUAACCUAACAAAUUUUAUUAGAUCGAAAAUCAACCCUACAAUCAGUACAUCGGUAUUCCCAAAAAUGCGCAGUGACCUGAAAGCAUCUUUGGAACUAAUAUUCACCAUAGUUUCAUUCCUUUAUAACCUUUUGAUACAAAAGAUGUGUUACUUGAUCAGUAAUUUAUUGACAUACCCAUUCUUUAAGCUAAAAUACAAAUUACCUGACGACGAACGAUAUCCGAUUGGUGUCUCUUUUGUUUUGAUUUCUUAUUCAUUUCAUCAGUUGAAUUUUAGAAUUCGACAGUUUUACAACUUGCCUCUUCAAUUCAACAAAUUGAAGUUUUCGAAAACAGAAGGUGAAGCUUCAAUUUUAAAAGGAACCAGAUUUUCCCCAAGUGAGUACAUCAAGUUUUACAAUACAGUGUGGCUAAUUAUUAAUGACCUUUUCCUGGGCGUCAUCUUUUCCAAUGUUUUGAGAGCAAAUCAUGAUUUCAUUGUAAGCGCAUUUCAGAGCUAUAUACCACUUUAUGAAGCUCUCCUCAGUAAUACCAUCAGUUGGUUGAUGAAUUCGCCAGCAGGUUUCAAGUUGAACAACGAACUUGCCUCCUUUCUAGGACAAUUGAUUUUUUGGGUCUUGGAUCUUUGGCGAAGUACUACAUUGAGGUGGAUUCAGUCAAAUAUUGGUGAGCUAUUACAGAUGGUAGAAAUUCUAACAAGAUAUUGCGGGCUCUCGUUAUUCCUAUCGAUGUCGCUAGACUUGACCAACAUCUUCUUCUUGAACAUAUAUGGAUUUUACGUUGCUUGUACACGGCUCUAUAGCUGGCAGCUAAAUAUUGUAAGGUCAUUAUUCAGGUUGUUCUACGGUAAGAAAUACAAUAUAUUGAGAAACAGAGUGGAUUCAAAUGACUAUGAAUUUGAUCAGCUUAUGCUUGGAAUUAUCAUCUUCACAAUAUUGAUAUAUUUGCUGCCAACCGUUUUCAUUUUUUACCUAACGUUUGUUCUGGCAAGACUGACAAUUCUUUUCGUUUCUUCCGUUCUCAAGUUUUUACUAAUCUCAUUGAACCACAUACCGAUAGUGGUGUUACUUUUGAAACUCAAAAACCAAGAGAGGCUACCUGCAGGUCUCCUUUUAGAUGUGCAGCGUAGCGGUUUUCACCUAAAAUCAAGAUCUUUGACGAUGAAACAGAUCUAUAGAAGCCACAUGAAUUCAAUGCUCAGGUUCAAUCUUUUCAAUUUGAACCAUCAAACGAUUUUCGAGCAAGUCAAAUCCUACAACCUGAAAACUACUAUUCAUACCAACUACGUGAGUGACAGCGAUUUUGAACAUGAAAAGUAUCGCAUGUCUGAUGUAGUGGCAAAUUGGAAACGUGUUUCAAUAAUGAAUUUGAUAAAAAUUGUCCUUUUUGGUGAAACCAUUAAGGAUUACGAUUAUAAAAGAAUGUUCUGAUAAGUGUGUAUUUGUUGUAUUUGUAUAUUAUAGAGUAAUAAUCAUAAGAUAGUAGUUUAUUAUA